AAUAAAUUAAUUUAGGCAAGAGUGUGCACACUGUCCCAGUGAUAUAACCUCAAGAAGUGUAGUGCAGCGUUAAGUUAUUUUUUAUGAAUAAACUAUUAAACAUAGUGCACGCUGUGCCACGCCAAUUUGUGCGUGACUAUGCAUUCAAGUCGGAUCUGAAAAUCAAAUGGGUCCGACCCGAAAAGAUAUCAUGCAUCAAACCAGAGAAAAGCGGCGAUCUGGCAAAGCUGCCUCCGUUGAAUCCUAGUGAAAUAUUGCCGGACUACAAAGACUCCAAGGAGUUAGCAAAUGCCGAUGAUACUGUCAAAUCAAUGUUUAUGCUGGGUAACAAUCCGAAUCAUAUGACUACUCGCUAUUAUCGGGAUCAAAUGAUCAAGGAAGUGCAGCGGCAUGCACAGGACUAUGGCUCCAUGGAGGCUAAAUUGGCCAGGUUGACGGCACUCAUACGACGCUAUCAGUCACAUAUGGAGGUGCAUCCACGCGACAAGAUGAUCAAAGUGCGUCUAAAGGAGAUGAUCGACAAGCGAAAGAAGUUUCUGAAGUAUCUCAGACGCUGGGAUUAUCCACGUUUUGAAUGGAUUUUGGAGAAGCUGGACUUGGUAUAUAAGCCACCGCCAGCAAAGUUCCAUUGGAUAACGCGCAAAGAGUCGUUGCAGAAGCUAACCGACAGUUACUGCGAAAAUAUCAAGAAUGAGCGUCUGGAGGCUUAUCACAAAGAGCUCCAAGAGCAACAAAUACCCUUUUUAGAGGAAGCUAUCAAGAAAAUGAUAUUCGUUCGCCAGGAGCAGAUUGAUUGCGAUGUGCCGGUAACUGUAACGGAAGAGCAGAUCGAGGAGGCGAGAAAGGAGCUGGCACAGCUGCAAGAGACGCGCGAUGCAGCGGCUGCCGAGUCACGCAAACAAUCGGAUGAAACCUUCCAUUAAUUAAUUUACUUGCAAUAAAGUCGACUCGA